AUGCCAGAAUACCUUACAGAGACACAGAUCGCCAAGUUUUACAAAGACGGCUAUCUCGUCAUUCCCCAAUUUCUUCUUCCAGAAGAAACGCAGUCGCUCCUCAAUAGGUCCAAGCAGCUUCUGGACGAGUUCGACAUUGACCAGCACCCUCGAACGAAGUUCACGACCGGCGAUGACAAUCACGUCGGGGACGAUUACUUUUUGACCUCUGGAGAUAAGAUCCGAUACUUCUUGGAAGAGGAUGCCGUCGACACGGAGGGAAAGCUGCUACGGGAGAAACAGAAAUCGGUUAACAAGAUUGGGCAUGCUCUCCACGAGCUCGAUCCUGCUUUCAGAAAGGUUACCCUUGAGAACGAACGUCUAAGAGCUGUUGUGAGAGACCUGGAGUUCCACCGGGAUCCAGUCGCCCUCCAGUCAAUGGUCAUUACCAAGCAGACGCAUAUCGGGGGUGAAGUUCCGGAGCAUAAUGACUCGACCUUUCUUUAUACGUACCCUCCUAGUGCCCUCGGCUUCUGGAUUGCCUUGGAGAAGUGUACUGCUACCAAUGGUGCUCUCUCCUUCCUCCCAGGAUCCCAUGUCAUCACUCCAAUCACGAAACGUUUUGUGAGGCUCGGAGAUAACAAGGGCACUGGCUUCGAAGACUUGGUCCCACCUUCGGUUCAGAGGGAGGUCUCCGAAGCGUCCAAGGGCAACUACGUCCUCGAAACAUGCAACCCAGGCGACCUCGUCCUCAUUCAUGGCUCCGUGCUGCAUAAGUCUGAACGAAACACGAGCCCGCACACCCGAUUCGCGUACACAUUCCACAUGAUCGAGUCUCCUCCAUAUGCGAAAUACGACGAGAAGAACUGGCUUCAACCAACGAAGGAGAUGCCAUUCUCGAAGAUCCUGCCACCUAGAGAGAUCAGCGAGACUCGGCAACCUGUCCUCACUUCAGCAUAA